AUGGAGAAGGAUAUGCUGUCGCUAUACCCGAGCCACCUGCAAGAGCGACGGGCCAGCGGUCCUCCUGUGCUGCACGUGAACGUGCUUUGCGGACUAUCGAACGAGGAUAUAACCUCCAGCUCGUUUGUGGCCACCAUCGGCCGUUCAUCGACUGGCGCGGGCACCCUCAACCGCGUCAACCCUACAAGUAGCAUACCGGCGUCUGCGACUGCGUUCGCAUCUCGGAGGGCUAGAAAUGGCUCGCUGUCGCCGCUGCGCUCGUUCCCCAGCUCGAGCGUGGCGAACGGCACCAGCCCUGUGCAAUCCUCCACAUUGGCGAAGCCCGUCCUGGACUUGUCGCAGGUGCGCUGCAUCCCCAUUGACCAGUGGAUACCGGACGCACACGUCGUGAACUGUAUGGCGCCGGACUGCGGCAACAGCUUCUCCCUCUUUAACCGCAAGCAUCACUGCCGUAUGUGCGGGCGCGUUUUCUGCUCCUCGUGCUGUAACAAUCUCGUCUACAUACCGGCCGCCGUUGCGCAGAACGCGGCAAGUAGCUCGACUGAUGGGAUGGCGAUGGGCAGCUGCACGGCGACGAGCUACACGCCAGUGAGCUCUGCUAUUACUUCCGAGCUUCAGCAGUUUCACCGCGCGUGCGCGCGUGAUGGCAGUGCACCUUCAAACGGGAUGCGGCGAGGAUCACAGUCACCCAUAACAUCGGCGCCAGACUUGUUCCCUGCGACAAGCAUGACGCUGCAUCACGGCUCUCUGGUAGUCUGCGGCGAGGGAAACGGAAAUUUACCGUCUAGCGCGCUGAACUCCGUCGUGGCGAUGACAACAGCGCCGUCUCCAUCGUCUCCGUCCACGCAAACCUCGGUGCCAUGCCGUGUGUGUGCCAGCUGCUCCUACGAGGUCCAACUAGUGGUGUCUACUCGCCAGGAAAACGGCGAGCCGCGCCGCCGUAGCCGUGGUGAGCUCAAGAUGAUUCAACGCGUCCUCCUCGUCAACAUCAUGACCUUCCUGACGCUACGCGACUUGGCGAAUGUGUCGCUUGUCUCGGCCGACUUCUACUUCAUGUCCCGCGACAACAUCAUUUGGUACCAGUACAACAUGACGCGGUGGGCGCAGGAGAGCGAGCUGCCACGGCUGUCCUCGCUCAAGUCACACGCUGAGGCGUCUCGAACGCAACAGCAGAAAGGGCUCAGUUGGUAUGCCUCUUCCUCUGGUAGUGCAGCCCGCAGCUCUUUGGCAGAAGACAUGUUCAACAGUGCACCGGUGAUUCAAGAUGCAGCGGCGCUCUCGGAGAGCGAGGCGGCGAAGCGUGUCAUCUCGCUGCAUGCACGGUAUAGCUACACCCAGUUCCUCGACUUUGCGCGCCGGCAGGAGAUGGCGCGGUGUGAAGGACUGUCGUCAUUUUCUCUCGGUGCGCGUAUCUUGCUGUCCAGCCCUAUUCGUGUGGCGCUGGUGGGGCCGUGUGGUAUCGGCAAGACAGCCAGCGUGCGCGCUUUCCUUGGCGAGAAGCUCUCGCAGAUGGUGGUGCGGCCGACUAUCGGGUUUGAGCGGCGUGCCGUGACGGUGCGGCUGGCCCGUGGCCUCUCCACGGAGGCCGUACUGCACAUCUACGACCUCAGCGGCGCUGACCGCUACAGGGAGCUGCGCCGCUUUGUGUGUCGACACUGCCAUGCCAUCGGUCUGUGCUACGAUCCAUCGCGGAAAAUGACAUUGGUGCAGGCAGCGGAUAUAAUGAUGGAGCUCGAGGGUGCUCUGGGCCCGCAGUCAGUUGUGGUUUGCGGACUGGUUCGACAACCACCUCGUGCCUCAAGCUCGGGAAGCGUACCACUAGAUUGUCACAAGGCAGACCCCACUCACCUCUCCACUACGAUGACUGCAUUACAUCUCUCAACGCUGCCGAAGAGGGAAGGCCAAAGCUUGCAGUCGCUACCUGUCGACCCUGCUGUGCCUGUGUCCACAGGUGCUCUUACAGGCGAGUUGAUGCUCGCCACACCUCUGUGCGGCGUUUCUAACGGUACUAAAACACCACUUCAAUCCAGCUCCAGCUCUACAAGUACCACGGCUAGGUUGUCUGGUGUUACUGCAGAGAGCAACGGAGACCAGAGCGAUGACAGACUACAGGUCAAUACUGCGACAUCGACGAUGGCAUUGCUGCGCGCAGUACCACUCAGCAGUACCACGCCUGCGCCUGCGCUGCCGCCAUUCACUACCGCCACCUCGUCCAGCGGCUCGCUCGAAGUGUCGGCCGAAGACGCGGUGGGCAUAACCGUUCGUGGCCACUCGUCCAUCCAGUGCCCGUUGUUACACCCCACCCCGUUCUUCGAGGCUGUUGUGCAGUCCGUGCUGGAUCGUCUGGUGGAGGCGACGGUUGCAAGCACGAGCACCAUAUCCGAGAUCAGCGCGGUGCUCGCGAUGCAAAGCGGCGGAAGCGGUCGGAGAAACUCCUCGACGUGUUCUGCGGGCUCGCUAAGCGCUGGCAGCGCACCGCGGAGUACGAUACAAGCCUCUUCGGUGCGCCGCCGUCCACACGCGUCGCGGGCGAUUGUGCAGGACCUGUUGAACCUGACGAUGCAGCCCUGUGCCCUGGAUAUCUUGCUGGAUCGGAAGUAG